AUGAUCAGUCUUAAAUUGCGCAUUUGAGCACCAUGGCGUUAGCGUUAAGUGUAUUUUCUUUGUGCGUUUUAGGUGCGAUGGCUCAAACGCCACAAUUACGUAUGGUUUCUAUCGCCCAAGGAACUGUUGUGGGAUCUGUUGCUGCCGAUGGUAACUAUUAUGAGUUUCAUGGAAUACCAUACGCUGAUUCCACAUCUGGACCGAAUAGAUUUAAGGCACCUUCACCGCCACCGUCAUUUCAGAGUAUGUUUAUAGCUAACAGAAAAGGUAUAAAAUGCGUUAGAGCUUUAGGUGUUGGCUAUGAGGGCACGGAAGAUUGUUUAGUGGCGGAUAUUUACACUCCGACAUUGAAUACUAAUCGUUUACCCGUCAUGGUGUGGAUAAAGGGAAAAGAAUUUGAUAAAAUAUACGAACACGAAUUGUCUUUUACAAAUUUUAUGGAACGUGAUGUAAUUAUCGUAUCAUUGAACUAUCGCGAAUCAAUUUUGGGAUUCCUAUGCUUAGGAAACGAUGCAGCGCCUGGGAAUGCAGGAUUAAAAGAUAUAGUUGCCGGUUUGCGUUGGGUUAAAGAAAAUAUAGCUCCAUUUGGUGGAGAUCCUGAUAAUAUAAGUCUUUUCGGACAUGGAAGUGGAGCUGCUGCGGUUGAUUUAGUAUCUUUAUCACCUUUUGCUGAUGGUCUUAUUAGUAAAGUAAUAUCUCAAAGUGGGACUGCGCUGUCGCCAUGGGCUGUGACACGAGACAAUUUGAAAUACGCAGUAGAGGUCGCUGAAGCGCUCGGACAUACUAUCAAUAGUAUUCAUGAUCUAACAGAUGCUUUUAAAAGAACUAGCGUAGCAGCUCUUAUGGCCGUUAUCAAUGAACUUGAUCUUACUGAUAAUUCGUUAGCAUUUGCACCAUGUCUUGAAAGAGAGGAUAUAGAAAAUGUAGAGCCAUUUCUUACAAAAUCUCCAUACACAAUUUUAACCGAAGGUUCAUAUGCUCGUAUACCAUUUAUGACUGGUUUUGUUGAUUAUGAAGGAACGAUACGAGCAGAAGAAGCAUUUGAGGAUGAUUGGUUAGAAAAAAUGGAAGAAUCAUUUGAUGAUUUUGUUCAACCUGAUUUGAAACUGGAAGACAAUGAAGACGGGUUACAAACCAUACAAAAUAUACGGUCGUUUUAUUUUCGUGAUAAUAUUAUUAAUGAAACACAAAUAAAGAGUUUCCUCUCAUACCAUGGAGAUACUAUGAUUUUAGUAUCAGCAAUAAGAGAAGCUAGUUUACGGGCCUCUUCCAAUAAUCCUGUUUAUUUGUAUCAGUUUUCUUACAAGGGUAGCCUGGGGGAUCUCUUUGAGGGGCCUAUAGAAGUAAAUAGUGCUGCUCACAGUGAAGAAUUAGCUUAUUUAUUUUAUCACGAUUCAGAAUCACAACCAUCGAAAAUGGAUUUAGCUGUAAGCGAUAUAUUAGUAGAACGUUGGACAAACUUUGCUAAAACCGGGAUACCAGAAACCGAACUCUCACAAGUAGAAUGGAAGCCAUUUACCAAUUCGAAUGCAAACUAUUUGAGAAUCUUAGACGAUGAAGAAAUUAAUGAAAGUCAAGGAGGAAGCUUGGAAGUAGACUUGCAAAACCCUCAUAUCGAGACUGUGUUUUUCUGGGAACAGAUUUACGAUAAGCAUUUUAUAGAUGCUGUAGGUAGGUGGGAUCUUGAUGACAGGGUUGAAGAUGAUGAUUCUGAUGUUAUCAUUGAAAACGAAAGCGGCGAGGAAGGUAGUGGUGAGGAAGGAAGUGGUGAUGAAGGUAGUGGAGAGGAAGGAAGUGGUGACGAGGAAGGAAGUGGAGAAGAUGAUAAUGAAGACGAUAGCAAUUCUGCAUCCAGGCUUGUCGGAUUCACUUUUCUAAUAAUCCCAAUCUUUGCACUUUUAAAUAAGUUCCAUAUGUCACACAUUACUUCAUAGACUUAUUGGAGUAGAUACAAAGCUACUUAAAAUAAGUCAAUUAAUCAUUUUUAUGAUAAACUUUAAUACAUUUCUGUUACGAAAUAUAUUAUAAGACAUAUUAGUAUAAGGAUUAAAAGUAUUUAUUUUUAAAUAUUAUAUAAUUAUAAUAUUAUGGGCUUCUGGACGAGCAAUCUUUCUUGAACUUCUAACACAAUCUUGACGAAAAAAUUAAGUUUACCUGAAAGAGACUCCAUCAUUUAUAAAUUAAAUUAUCUUGAUGGUUAUAGAAUUUAUUUUAGAGGAAUAAAAGUAGGGUAAUUCGUUGGAAGUGUGAAGUUGCGUGCUGAUGAAGCUUGAAAGUUCAGGCAGGUCACGACGCUAACUGAUACAGAGGUCAUAAGGUCAGGUAGUGCCCUAUGCGUUUAUGCAAACAAGCGACCGUGGGCGGCUUGAAUGUCAUGCGGACACUUUUAGAUCCGCCAUGCACCUACUUUAUCUUCAAUAUGAUGCUUUAGUGAGCACUGAGAGAUUUCUCGUCUAUUCGAAACAGUUUAGAACACAGUAUUUUUCCCAUGUAUUCACUCACUGCUUGAAGUAUUUUAACUUAUAAUGCGUAUAGUUUUAAGAAGUAUACUUAAUGGGUUAUUAAUGCGUGGGAAAUAUUAAAUUUGAAACUGUAUUUUUCUGCCUUCACUUGCAAUAAGCCUGUAAAGAGAUAUUAACAAUUAUCCGAGUUGUACAUUA